AUGACCUUCACCGCACCCGACACCAAAGAAGAGGUCACGUUAAGUUCUUCGUCAAUCCGUGCAGGCGUCAUGGAGUCCGACGGCACGCUGGCCAGCGGCUCCAACUACGAGCGGUCCAUCGAGCUCAGCGCCGUUCCCGACGACAACAACAACAACAACAACACCACUUGGUCGCUCAAGCACAAGGUCGAAGCCGUCCGGGAGAGGGACCAACGCUCCGGCUUCCCGGCCCGCGAGCUCGGCGUGACAUGGCAGAAUCUCACAGUCCAGGCCGUUAGCUCCGACGCGUCGAUACACGAAAACGUUCUCACCCAGUUCAACAUCCCCAAGCUCGUCAAGGAAUCCCGCCACAAGCCUCCCCUGAAGACCAUUCUCGAUAACACGCACGGAUGUGUGAAGCCCGGCGAGAUGCUCCUCGUCCUCGGACGCCCGGGGUCGGGAUGCACAACCUUGCUCAACAUCCUGGCGAACCACCGCCGGGGCUACAGCUCCGUCACCGGCGACGUCCACUACGGCUCCAUGACCGCCGACGAGGCCCAGCAGUACCGGGGCCAGAUCGUCAUGAACACGGAAGAGGAGCUCUUCUUCCCGACGCUCACCGUCGGCCAGACCAUGGACUUCGCGACCCGCCUCAAGAUCCCCUUCCGCCUGCCCGAGGGCGUCGCCUCCGACGAGGAGCUCCGCGUCCAGAACCGGGACUUCCUGCUCGAGUCCAUGGGCAUCCAGCACACCUUCGACACCAGGGUCGGCAACGAAUACGUCCGUGGCGUGUCCGGCGGCGAGAGGAAGCGCGUCUCCAUUAUCGAGUGCAUGGCGACGAGGGGAUCCGUAUUCUGCUGGGAUAACAGCACCAGAGGUUUGGAUGCCAGCACAGCAUUGGAGUACACCAAGGCCGUCCGCGCCAUGACCGACGUCCUCGGCCUCGCGUCCAUCGUGACGCUCUACCAGGCGGGCAACGGCAUCUACGACCUCUUCGACAAGGUGCUCGUGCUCGACAACGGCAAGGAGAUGUACUACGGCCCCAUGAAGGAGGCCCGCCCCUUCAUGGAGAGCCUGGGCUUCAUCUGCUCCGACGGCGCCAACGUCGCCGACUUCCUCACCGGCGUCACCGUCCCCACGGAACGCGCCGUCCGCCCGGGCUACGAGAAGACCUUCCCCCGCAACGCCGACACCCUGCGGGCCGAGUACCAGAAGUCCGACAUCUACCCGAGGAUGGUGGCCGAGUACGACUUCCCGACCAAGGAGGACACCAAGGAGAGGACGCGGCUGUUCAAGGAGGGCGUCGCCGGCGAGAAGCACAAGCAGCUGCCCGCCAACAGCCCGCUGACGACGAGCUUCGCCACGCAGGUCAAGGCCUGCAUCGCCCGGCAGUACCAGAUCAUCUGGGGCGACAAGGCGACCUUCAUCAUCACGCAGGUGUCGACCCUGAUCCAGGCCCUCAUCGCCGGCUCGCUCUUCUACAACGCCCCAAACACCUCCGGCGGCCUGUUCAUGAAGGGCGGCGCCCUCUUCUUCGCCCUGCUCUUCAACAGUCUGCUGUCCAUGGCCGAGGUCACAAACUCCUUCACCGGCCGGCCCGUCUUGAUCAAGCACAAGUCCUUCGCCUACUACCACCCCGCCGCGUUCUGCAUCGCCCAGAUUGCCGCCGACAUCCCCGUCAUCCUCUUCCAAGUCACCAUUUUCUCCGUCGUCCUCUACUUCAUGGUCGGGCUGAAGACAACGGCUGAGGCCUUCUUCACCUUUUGGAUCGUAGUUGUCGCCACCACCAUGUGCAUGACGGCCAUGUUCCGGUCCAUUGGCGCGGGUUUCAAGACUUUCGACGACGCCUCCAAGGCCUCCGGCUUCCUGGUGAGCGCGGCCAUCAUGUACAACGGCUACAUGAUUCAAAAGCCCCAGAUGCACCCUUGGUUUGUCUGGAUCUUCUGGAUCGAUCCGUUGUCUUACGCCUUUGACGCCCUCAUGUCGACCGAGUUCCACCGUCAGCUCAUCCCGUGUGUCGGGCCGAACUUGGUGCCGAACGGCCCCGGGUACACGGAUCCGGCGCACCAGUCUUGCGCCGGUGUGGCGGGAGCCAUCCAGGGAGAGACCUCCUUGACCGGCGACCAGUAUCUCUCGGCUCUUUCGUACAGCAAGAGCCACGUGUGGAGGAACUUUGGUAUCGUCUGGGCCUGGUGGGCGCUCUUCGUCGCGCUCACCAUCAUUGCCACUUCCCGGUGGCGCCCCUCGGCCGAGAGCGGAUCCUCCUUGCUCAUCCCCCGCGAGAACGCAAAGACCGUUCGCGUCCCUCGCGAGGACGAGGAAGCCCAGUCCUCCGAGGAGACCGCCGUCGAGAAGGACAAGAGCGACAGCGAGAAGCGGGACGGCGGCGACAACGACAACCAGGACCUCGUCCGCAACACCUCCAUCUUCACCUGGAAGGACCUCACUUAUACCGUCAAGACCCCGUCAGGAGACCGCGUGCUGCUCGACAAGGUCAGCGGCUGGGUACGGCCGGGCAUGCUGGGCGCCUUGAUGGGCUCGUCCGGCGCCGGAAAGACUACUCUCCUGGACGUCCUCGCCCAACGCAAGACGGACGGCACGAUCCGCGGCUCCAUCAUGGUCGACGGCCGCCCCCUUCCCGUUUCCUUCCAGCGGUCCGCCGGCUACUGCGAGCAGCUGGACGUCCACGAGCCCUACGCCACCGUCCGUGAGGCCCUCGAGUUCUCGGCGCUGCUCAGGCAGAGCCGCGACACCCCCCGCGCCGAGAAGCUGGCGUACGUUGACACCAUCAUCGACCUCCUGGAGCUGCACGACCUCGCCGACACCCUCAUCGGCCGCGUCGGGAACGGCCUCUCGGUGGAGCAGCGGAAGCGCGUGACCAUCGGCGUGGAGCUCGUCUCGAAGCCCAGCAUCCUCAUCUUCCUCGACGAGCCCACGUCCGGCCUCGACGGCCAGUCGGCCUUCAACACGGUCCGCUUCCUCCGCAAGCUCGCCGACGUCGGCCAGGCCGUCCUCGUCACCAUCCACCAGCCGUCCGCCCAGCUCUUCUCCCAGUUCGACACCCUCCUCCUGCUCGCAAAGGGCGGCAAGACGGUCUACUUUGGUGACAUCGGCGACAACGCCGGGACCAUCCGCGACUACUUUGGCCGCUACGGCGCCCCCUGCCCCGAGGAGGCCAACCCGGCCGAGCACAUGAUCGACGUCGUCUCCGGCCACCUCUCCAAGGGCAAGGACUGGAACGAGAUCUGGCUCUCCUCCCCCGAGCACGACGCCGUCGUCCGCGAGCUCGACCACAUGAUCGACGACGCCGCCUCCCGGCCGCCGGGCACCAGCGACGACGGCCACGAGUUCGCCCUGCCCCUCUGGGACCAGGUCAAGAUCGUCACGCAGCGCGCCAACGUCUCCCUCUACCGCAACGUCGACUACAUCAACAACAAGUUCGCGCUCCACAUCUUCUCGGCCCUCUUCAACGGCUUCUCCUUCUGGAUGAUUGGCGACUCCGUCGGCGACAUCACCCUGCGCCUCUUCACCAUCUUCAACUUCAUCUUCGUCGCCCCCGGCGUGCUCGCCCAGCUGCAGCCCCUCUUCAUCGACCGCCGCGACAUCUUCGAGACGCGCGAGAAGAAGUCCAAGAUGUACUCGUGGAUCGCCUUCGUCUCGGGCUCCGUCGUCUCCGAGGUGCCCUACCUCGUCAUCUGCGCCGUGCUCUACUUCGUCUGCUGGUACUACACCGUCGGCUUCCCGAGCGACUCGGCCCGCGCCGGCGGCACCUUCUUCGUCAUGCUCAUGUACGAGUUCGUCUACACCGGCAUCGGCCAGUUCAUCGCCGCCUACGCCCCCAACGCCGUCUUCGCGUCCCUCGUCAACCCGCUUGUCAUCGGAGUCCUCGUCUCCUUCUGCGGUGUCCUCGUCCCCUACUCCCAGCUCCAGACGUUCUGGAAGUACUGGAUGUACUACCUCAACCCCUUCAACUACCUGAUGGGCAGCAUGCUCGUGUUCGACGUCUGGGGCACAAAGGUCGAGUGCAAGGACCAGGAGUUCGCCCUCUUCGACCCGGCCAACGGCACGACGUGCGGCGAGUACCUGGCGGGCUACAUGCAGGGGAUGGGAGCAAGCAGCAACCUCAUCAACCCCGACGCCGUGUCCGAGUGCCGCGUGUGCCAGUACCGCGAUGGCAGCGACUACCUGCGGACGAUCAACCUCAACGAGUACUACUACGGCUGGCGCGACGCGGCAAUUGUCGUCAUCUUCGCCUUCAGCUCGUAUGCCCUGGUCUACCUCCUCAUGAAGCUUCGCACCAAGACUUCAAAGAAGGCGGAGUAA